UGAGCUGCCUGCUGCUGCUGCUGCUGCUGCGGAGCGCAGCUAUCAAUCUUCCCUGCUCCCCACCCUCCCCGGAUCUCAGAAAGAAUGAGGAUCUCAAACUUGGUGCUUUGCAAAGGCUCCAGAAAGGGAAUCUGGAGGAGUUGCUCCUGCCGCCGCCGCCGCCGCUGUUCCUCUUCCUGCUGCUGCUGCUUGUAGGUUCAGACAUCUUAGAAAAAGAGGAGCGAUUUCCGGGCACUCGGAGCAAGAGGCACCCGGACUCGCUCGCUCCGCUUUUGGAUUUACAAUACACGCCAGGCAGAUGGCGAAGGAGGAGAACCGGAGGCGCCUUUUGCUCUUCCUCCUGGGAUUGAUUUGAGGAAUAUAUUUUAAUCGCUGUUUAUCGGAUUUGCUUUCUUCCUCGCUGUUUUUAAAAAUAUUAUCUUAAACAUUUUUUGUAUUGUAACCUCGGAGGACCCCCCCCUUUCAAGCUUUUCUACUUCGCUGAUCUUUCUGAAACUGGAGCGAGAGAGGAAUUUGAAAACAACACACACACACAAAAGGGAUUAACAGUUAAAAAGCAGCGAUGGAGGGAAAAGCAGCUGGUUUUGCAAGAAGUCGCAGCAUGAGUCGUCCAACAUGUGCGUAAUGAGGAGGAAAUCUAGGAUUCUUUAGUGCUUCGCAUCACAGAUUCUGGGAAUCUCUCUCUCUCUAUAUAUAUAUCAACACAAGAAAAAGUGAGAGCCCUCUGGACUUCUUCCACAAUGUCUGGAUCUACCCAACCUGUGGCGCAGACGUGGCGAGGGAGUGAACCCCGUUAUCCUCCUCAUGCCAUGUCCUACCCGGUAGCCAUAAGUCAACAGCAUGUGGAUGUGGGACUCUUGGAGUAUCAGCACCAUUCCAGGGACUACCCUUCUCACCUUCCCCCUGGGUCUAUCUUGCAGCCACAGCGGAGGAGGCCCUCCUUACUCUCGGAGUUCCAGCCAGGGAAUGAAAGGUCGCAGGAGUUGCACGCCCGAGCUGAGUCACAUUCCUACCUCUCUGACCUGAGUAAACAGUCGGAAAUUGAGUUCAUUGAGACGAAACGGCCCCGGCUGGAGCUGCUGCAAGAGCCUUUGCUGAGACAUUCACCUCUGCUCAGUCAGCAGGGAGGGACGGAGGAUCUCUCCAAGGAUCGGGGCCUAACAGGAAAACUGGAGCCGGUUUCACCAGCCAGCCCUGUCCAUCCUGACUCUGAACUGGAUCUGUUGCCAUCCAGGCUGUCUAAGGAGGAGCUGAUCCAGAACAUGGACCGUGUUGACCGUGAAAUCACCAUGGUCGAGCAGCAGAUUUCCAAGUUGAAGAAAAAACAGCAGCAGCUGGAGGAGGAAGCAGCAAAGCCACUGGAGCCAGAGAAGCCCAUCUCCCCUCCGCCUAUUGAGUCCAAGCAUCGCAGCCUGGUACAAAUAAUCUAUGAUGAGAAUCGGAAAAAAGCAGAAGCAGCACACAGAAUUCUGGAAGGGCUGGGACCUCAGGUGGAGUUGCCACUCUACAACCAGCCCUCAGACACAAGGCAAUACCAUGAGAACAUUAAAAUAAACCAGGCAAUGCGGAAGAAGUUGAUCUUAUACUUCAAGAGGAGAAAUCAUGCUCGCAAGCAGUGGGAACAGAAAUUUUGCCAGCGCUAUGACCAGCUUAUGGAAGCCUGGGAAAAGAAAGUGGAGCGCAUAGAAAACAACCCCCGGCGCCGAGCAAAGGAAAGCAAAGUACGUGAAUAUUAUGAGAAGCAGUUCCCAGAGAUCAGGAAACAGAGGGAACUCCAAGAGCGCAUGCAGAGCAGGGUAGGACAGAGGGGCAGUGGCCUCUCCAUGUCUGCGGCACGCAGCGAACACGAGGUGUCAGAAAUUAUUGAUGGGCUCUCGGAACAAGAGAAUCUGGAGAAACAGAUGCGCCAGCUUGCUGUCAUCCCUCCCAUGCUGUACGAUGCUGAGCAGCAACGCAUCAAGUUCAUUAACAUGAAUGGCCUCAUGGACGACCCCAUGAAGGUGUACAAAGAUCGGCAGGUGAUGAACAUGUGGAGCGAGCAGGAGAAAGAAACCUUCCGAGAAAAGUUCAUGCAGCAUCCAAAGAAUUUUGGCCUCAUCGCUUCCUUUUUGGACCGGAAAACGGUGGCCGACUGUGUCCUCUACUAUUACCUGACCAAGAAGAAUGAGAACUAUAAGAACCUUGUGAGAAGGAACUACCGGAGGCGUGGGAAGAACCAGCAGCAGCAGCAGCAGCAACAGCAGCAGCAGCAACAGCAGCAACAGAUGCCCCGUAGCAGCCAAGACGAGAAAGAUGAAAAAGAAAAGGAGAAAGACACAGAGAAGGAGGAAGAGAAGCCAGAAGCAGAAAACGACAAAGAGGAACUGACAAAGGAGAAGAACGAGGAUACAUCUGGCGAGGACAAUGACGAGAAAGAAGCCGUUGCUUCUAAAGGGCGCAAAACCGCCAACAGCCAGGGCCGGCGCAAGGGCCGCAUCACCCGCUCCAUGGCCAGCGAAGCCAACAGUGAGGAAGUGGUUGCUCCCCAGCAGAAUGCAGAACUGGCCUCUCUGGAGAUGAAUGAAAGUUCUCGUUGGACAGAGGAGGAGAUGGAAACGGCUAAAAAAGGUCUCCUUGAACAUGGACGUAACUGGUCAGCCAUUUCCAGGAUGGUGGGAUCCAAGAGUGUCUCCCAGUGUAAAAAUUUCUACUUCAACUACAAGAAGAGACAGAACCUGGAUGAGAUCCUGCAGCAGCACAAACUGAAAAUGGAGAAAGAAAGGAAUGCUAGGAGAAAAAAGAAAAAAGCCCCCACCGUCCAAAACGAGGAAACGGCCUUCCCUCCAGCAGCCGAAGACGAGGAGAUGGGGCAAGAUGGGUCAGGCACCAGUGGCAACGAGGAGGAGAUGGCUGAGGAUGCAGAAGUUGCAGUGAAUAAUAGCUCAGACACAGAGAGCCUCCCUUCUCCAAGACCAGAAGCCAAAGAGAGCACAGAGAAUGGACCCAAACCAGCCCCAGACACCAGAAGCAAUGCUGGAGAAGAACCGGCUGUUAAGAUGGAGGAAACCGCUAGCUCCCCAGAAGCAAAUCCUGCCACCAUCCAAGCAGUGGAGGAGGAGGCCCCUGAACCAACUUGCACUGAAGAGAAGCCACAAGAGGAGCAAACAGUUGAUGUGGUGAAAACGGAAGAGGCCGAGGAAAAGCCCAAGAGCCCAGAACCCAGCAGGGGUGAAAUAAAAAUGGAGAAGGGAGAGGUCUACCAGGAGAAGGACAGUGACCAGGUCACAGAAAACAGCAACACCAGCACCAGCACCAGUGUUGUGACAGGGGCUGAGGGAGCACCCAAAGCAGAAAAGAAGGAGAACCACAAAGCUGGGAAGGGAGCAAAUCCUGACAGCGACUCCAGUGCCACAUGCAGUGCCGAUGAGAUGGACGAGCAGGAUGCUGGUGACAAAAGCAAGCUGAUCUCUUCCCGGCCCAGCCUCCUCAACGCAACUAAUGACACCCGGCUCAGCUCCUCGCCUCAGAAGCCGCUGGACUUGAAACAGCUGAAGCAAAGAGCUGCUGCCAUCCCGCCCAUUAUUUCAGAAGGUUUACAGGAGGGAGUGCUGCAGAGCGGAAGCCUGAAGUCUCAGGUGCCUCAUCACGCUUUGGCCCUUUACCAGCAGCAAAUCACCAUGGUCCACGAAUCUGCCCACGAGGACUCUGCACAGAGUAAGCAGCUGCAGCUGCAGCAAGCUGAAAAGGAGCCCCCGCUGAGCAGCAGUCCCAGGGCCCAGAGCAGGAGCCCAGCUGUGGUUGAUAAAGAAGAGAAACCAGUGCAUUUCACCUCCCUCCCGGAGGGGCCAAAGCUGGUUGGAGAGCCCUCCAUCACAACCUGCUGGCCUCCGGUGCUUCCCUACCAAGGUUCAAGGGAUCUGAUCCGAACCUCUCCACACACUGAGCCUCACGUGUUUCAGUAUAAUCCUCCAGGUCACUCAAUCUCCUUAAACAUGCAUGAAGGUUCUCGGCCGGGCUUCCAGAGAUUGUCCGCCAUCUCCAACCCUCCCCCUCUCAUCUCUACCAAGCAUCCUUCUGUUCUUGAAAGGCCCCUUGGCUCUAUUUCCCAGGGGGUGCCUAUCCAGCUCCACACUCCAUUCAGCUCUGAGCAUGCAAAAGUCCCCAUUGGCUCCAUCGGCAUGGGCCUUCCUCUGACCGUGGACCCCAAGAAGCUGGUGCCUUUCCCCGGAGUGAAGCAGGAGCAGCUCUCUCCGCGGAGCCAGGCUGGCCAACCAGAAAGUUUAGUUGUGCAGACGUCGCAGGAGAACUCCGUCCUUCGGGGAACAUCCCUGGGCUCGUUGUCGGGAGGCAGCAUCACGAAAGGCACGCCAAGCCCACGGCCGCCAUCGGAGUCUCCCAUCACGUAUCGAGGAUCCAUCACACACGGUACCCCAGCCGAAGUGCUGUACAAAGGAACCAUUACCAGGAUAAUCGGAGAAGACAGCCCCAGCAGAGCGGAGAAAGUGAGAGAGGACGCCUUGCCCAAGGGACACGUCAUUUACGAGGGGAAGAAGGGACAUGUCCUGACCUACGAUGGUGGUGCUGUUGCACAGUGUCCCAAAGAGAACAGCAGAAACUCUGGAGUCCCACACGAGGCCAUGGGCAUCAAACGGACCUAUGACAUGAUGGAAGGGAGAGGAUCACGGGGUUUAUCUGGGCGUGAGCUUCCAUCUGCUAGUAUCGAAGGUCUAAUGGGACGAGCCAUCCCACCCGACCGCCACAGUCCCCUCAAUUUGAAAGAACCGCAUCACAUCCGGGGCUCUAUCACGCAAGGAAUACCUCGAUCUUACGUGGAAGCCUCCGAGGACUACCUCAGAAGAGAAGCUAAGCAGCUCAAGAGGGAAAGCACACCUCCGAGGGACUUAUCCGAGGCCUACAAGGUCAGGCCUCAUGAGAGCUUUACCCCGUUGAAAAUGAAAGCAGUUCAUGAAGGCCUUGUUGCCACUGUGAAGGAAGCAGGAAGGUCAAUCCAUGAGAUUCCCAGGGAGGAGCUGAGGCGCACGCCUGACAUCUCUCUGAUGACGAGGCCUGUGAAGGAGGGCUCUAUUACCCAGGGAACCCCGCUGAAAUAUGACAGCAACGCUUCGGCAAGUGCCAAAAAGCAUGAUGUCCGUUCCAUUAUUGGAAGCCCGGGGAGGACUUUUCAUCCCCUGCAUUCCCUGGAUGUCAUGCAGGACCCAAGGACUCUGGAAAGAGCUUACGGGGAGAGUUUGAAAAGUGCUUACGAGGAGAGUUUGCAAAGCAGGCCCAGCCCAGUGACAAACUCUGGCGGCUCCAUCACCAGAGGAGCCCCUGUGAUCGUGCCUGAAGCAGGGAAGCCUCGCCACAGCCCUCUUGCCUAUGAGGACCACCAGGCAGCCCAUGGGACGGCUUUCAGCAGUCACUUGCACCGAGGGUCCCCAGUCUCCACGAGGGAGCCAAGCGCGCGGCAGCAUGAAGGGAGCAUUGCUGCUGGAAAGCCUGUAUCCCAGGACAGAAAGAUCACCCCGACGCCAAGAGAAAUGGCCAGCUCCAAGUCGCCUCAUGCUACCCUUGCAGACCACCACCCCCCUAUCUCUCCAUAUGAGCACCUGCUCCGGGGAGUGAGUGGGGUGGACUUGUACAGGGGACACAUUCCAUUGGCCUUUGACCCAGCAGCUAUUCCCAGAGGAAUCCCCCUGGAAGCAGCAGCCGCUUAUUACUUGCCAAGGCACCUCGCUCCUAGUCCUACGUACCCCCAUCUCUACCCACCAUACCUAAUCCGCGGCUACCCAGAUACGGCUGCCAUGGAGAACAGGCAGACCAUCAUCAACGACUACAUCACCUCCCAGCAGAUGCACCACAAUGCUGCGGCUGCCACUGCAAUGGCCCAGAGGGCAGACCUGCUGCGUGGCCUGUCUCCGCGAGAGCCCUCGCUAGCCCUCAAUUAUGCAGCAGCAGGAAUAAUUGACCUGUCUCAAGUGCCACAUUUGCCUGUCCUUGUGCCCCCCACCCCGGGCACUUCUGCCGCCUCCAUUGACCGGGUCACAUACAUCCACAGCGCCCCCCAGGCUUUCACCAGCCGGCACAGCAGCUCUCCACUCUCCCCAGGAGGCCACACACACCUGACCAAGCAGACAGGACCUUCAGUUUCUGAAAGGGAGCAAGAACGAGACCGUGAACGGGAGCGUGAGAAGGAGCGCAAGAAGUCGGUCUUAGCGGCCACAACCACUGUGGAGCAUGCCCCCAUCUGGAGACCAGGCACAGACCAAAGCAGCAGUCGGCCGUCAGCACACUCUCACAAUCACAAGCACUCCCCUGUCUCGCCCCGCACCCAGGAGAACAUCCAGCAACGCCCCAGCGUCUUGCAUAACACAAACAUGAAGAUGAUCCCUUCGGAGAACCUUGCCCCCUCAGUUCUGCGAUCCACCUCCUCCUCUGCCGCCACCACAUCACCAGUUCGCUCCUCAGGAUACUCCUCGGUAUCGUCACUGCGCAGCUCCGUAGGUGGGUUGGACAGCUAUACCUCUAUGAUGGAUCCUGCCCACAUGCAGAAGGAGGCCUCCAGAGCGCAGGAUGUCAAAGCGGAGCGGCCUCAGGCAGACAGCAACCUGUUCUCCUCCAAGCUGCCUGCUGGGGGCGGCCUGGAACAGUCGCCUUCACCCGUUAAAGCCAUGGAGCCCAGGCCUUUGUCCUCCUCUGGGCCAGGUCCAACCCACCUGUAUAGCAGAGGACAGGGGAAAAGCCACCCUCAGCACCACCCGCCCCUGGAGCAGUCGCUGCACGCAGUUUCGGCCAGUGAGCAGCCCAGUAGAGAAAAGAGUAAAACCUUUUCAGUACAGGAGCAGGAGCUCCGAGCACUCGGUAAGACCACCAUGACAGCGGCCAGCUUCAUAGAUGUGAUUAUCAUGCGUCAAAUUUCUUGCGAUAAGGGGAAGCGAGAGAGAAGCUCGCUAAGUAACGACGCCAAUAGCGAUGGUUUCCAUGGAAGCUACAGCCCUGAUGGCAUAGAAGCAAUAAGUCCCGUGAGCUCACCCAGCACACUCCAUGAGAAAGGGGCAAAGCCAUCCCAGGAGGCUGAGAAAGGGCGCGGGGCGGAGCAUGACCCCCGGCUGAAGCAGCCAGGUUCUCUUAAGCCUUCCGCAGCAGAAAUCUCACAAAUACAGCAGCUCCACCAGCUCCCUGAAGAUCGGCAGUCUCCGAGCCAGCCAUUCCAAGGGUCGCAGAGCGCCAAAGGCCACCAGCGGGUCGUCACGUUGGCUCAGCAUAUCAAUGAGGUUAUCACCCAAGACUAUACGCGCCAUCAUCCCCAGCAGCUGAACUCCCACAUCCAGACCCCUAUGUACCCCUUCCCAGGGUCUGUGCUGGAUCUUCGGCGAACUCCUAGUGAGGCUUACAUGCAGCAGCAGCAGCAGCAAAUGGAGCACAUCCCUGCUUCAAGAAUCUCCCCCGAAAGUGAAGAAAGCAAGAGGUCUCCCGAGCAGAUCAGAACACCUGCUCCGAACAACUGCAUAGAGCCCGUCUCUCCACCAGAUGGGGUGGGAGAAGCCGAUCACGUGCGAAAUGCCACAUAUCCCAUCCUGUAUCGAGAAGGGGAACAGCUGGAGCAGAGGAUGGGCUCCAAAUCUCCAGGAAACAACGUGCAACCACCAGCCUUCUUCAGCAAACUGACAGAGAGCAAUUCUGCUAUGGUGAAGUCCAAGAAGCAAGAGAUCAUCAAGAAACUGAGCACGAACAGCAGGAGCGAGGCAGAGUACAAUGUCGGGCAACCUGGAACAGAGAUCUUCAACAUGCCGGCCAUUACUGGAACAGGGUUAAUCAGUUGUAGGAGCCAGUCGGUCCAAGAAAACUCCAGUACCAACAUGGGGUUGGAGGCAAUUAUUAGGAAGGCCCUAAUGGGUAAAUAUGACGAGCAGUGGGACGAGCGCUCUCCUCUCAGUGCCAAUGCUUUUAACCCUCUGAAUGCCAGUGCAAGCUUGCCCGCUGCUAUGCCUGUAACCACUGCUGACGGACGGAUUGACGACAUGCACUCCUCCUUGCCAGGAGGAGGGAAGCCAAAGAUUGCUGCCAGAGCCAACAGCCGUAAGGCCAAGUCGCCAGGACCAGGCCUGUCCUCCUCUGAGAGGCCACCAUCUGUGUCAUCUGUUCAUUCAGAGGGAGACUGUAACAGAAGGACACCUCUCACCAACCGCGUCUGGGAGGACAGGCCGUCAUCUGCAGGUUCAACGCCAUUUCCAUACAACCCGCUGACAAUGAGGCUUCCCACAGGUCUGGUGGCGGCUGCCCCACCACCACCGCCUGCCUCCGUUCCACAGGGCAACUCCAACAGCCAGCACCACGGCUGGGAGGAGGAGCCCAAGCCGCUGCUCGUCUCGCAGUACGAGACCCUCUCGGACAGUGAAUGAGGAGGGAGAAGAGGAAGCGAGAUGGAGAAAAAGGCCAGCAACAAAUGGACAGAUACUGAUAGGUUGGCUGUUGAGUUAGCCCAAGGCUUGGGGAUUGUGGCUGGCUGUCGCAGAGUGCGGCUGUCCUAGGCCAGGCGCAGGAGCAGCACUGUUCCAGUCAGCUGAUAUUAUUUGUCACAUCUGGAAGGGAGUUGGAAAAAAAAUCUCUUCAGUUUUAAAGCCUUAAAAAAAACAAACCAAGCAAAUGGAACCCAUCCCAAUCCUCUCUCCCAAUUUGGUGCUGAUACCUUGAGCCAUUGCAGCAAGAAAUUAAACCAAGCUAAUGGGGGGGGGCAGCAGUGGGGAGCCCUGAAAUCUCCCCCAAGGGACUGUAACCAGUCGCUGAAUCUCGGUUACUAACACUCAGGGGAUUCCAAUUCUGUCCUUCAGCCCAGAUGAGAGAGGGGGAGCGGGGGGCCCAUUGGGAGAAGAUGGCGUGUGCUGCUUGCGUGUUCCCACCUCUGUGACCCAUCUUUCCUCUGCACACUGUAGUGGCCUGUUAAUCCAGUACUUGAAAAUAGGAUUCAUUCAGCCGCCCCUUCCUUCAACCUGCCUCUUUUUUUACCUUCACGAGGGGUUUCGCCCAUGUUGGUCGUGUAGGGAGACAAAUCAGAGCAGCCCUCUGGAAGAAAGUGUUGGUUUCUUCUGUUUCUGACAGUGAAAUAAGUUUGUUUCUCUGCACCCAUAGAGAUAUAUGGAGGGGAGCUUCACCUGAACUCUCAACAAAUACAGAUUCAGGCAGCAAUGCUCUGGGUGCAGGAGCCAGAGGACAAGCCAAAAACAGGAAAAGAAAAGGAAUGAUUCCUUUGGAGAAAGGAUUGCUGGGUUUGCAUUGUAAUUGAAACAGAUUCCUCUAUAUUGGCAUUAGCUGCAGAUAGAGGGGAGUGGGAGUGGGGGAAGCAGCUGUUUUGAAUAUGUUGUUUCUUCAAAACAACGCUGUGUAUAUGGUCUACAGGGUAUAUUUUUGAUACCUUUGGCAAAUGGUGUGUUUGCGCAAGGAAGGAUGUUAAAAACAGUGUUAUAUGCUGCUUUUCGGUCUCUGCUCCUGUACAAAGAGGAUUUCUAUGUUGCAUGCCAGCUUUGGAUGGGUUUGUCCAUUGUAUGGAACUGUCAAGAGGUAACAAUGUUCCAACAAAAUGGUUCUGUAAUUCAGUAGAAUGUAUUAACUUAGUUUUUUUAAAAAAGAAAAAGAAAAUGAAGAAGUAUAUAUAUAAUAUAUUAUAUAUAUAUAAAUAUAUAGUCACAACUGUAGGGCCCUUAUUUGCAUAGUUAACACUCCAGCAUGGAGAUAACAUGAACACUUUUCAAGUGAGAUUUGUCUCUUUUGGGAGCCGUGAGAGAGGCCAAGACACUCACAGGAAGUUUACAUGUUUUUGGUGACUUGCCCACAAUGUUCUGUUUUUCCAUUUGUGGGUGUUUGCUUCUCCCCCAAUCAUAACACUUUAGGCUUCCUUUUUCGUCAUAUAUAUAGUCUCCUCCUUUUUUCACACUUCGUUUUCAUUCUGUGCCCUCGAGGGAGCAGAUCUGGGGAACAGCUUCUCUGCAGGAACAGACAAGAGUCGUGUUUUCAUAAGCUGAGUAUUUUGACACAGCAUCCAGGGAGCAGCAACAUCACAGCACCAGAGUUUUUGUACUGUGUGAGUUUGUUUCUACAGUGAGAUCUGCUAUUUUGUGUUCCUUCUCACCCAUCUUUCUCCCACACACCAUCCAGUUUUGAUGAUGAAACUGUUGCUUGUUGCUAAACUAGUUAAGACACAAAAAUUUGGAGGUUCCGUGCAAGAACAUCUACUGAGAGAAUCCAUCUCAUUAUCCUGUAAGCCUCUGCUCCUAAAACACUUGUCCCCAGCAGAGCUACAGUUCUUGCAGAAUGACACUGCCCUGCCUCCAUUUUCAUGCCCUGCAGUGCUUUGCUGGUUGCUAAAGGAUUGCAAAAAUCCAAAAAUCCCCAGCACAGGUGUUUGGCACAGAUCGACCGCCAUGCAAACUGCUCUGAAGAAAAGGGCCAGGACAUUGGGCAGGUUAAAGGCAGGGCAGAGGAGGAAUUCUAGAGCCGUGCAUGGUAUACCUUUCCAAGUGCUGCUUCCUCUUAGCUCAGCUCAAGUUGCAUGUGGAUUGCAGGAGAUUAAACAGCACAGCCACCCUUCCAAAAGACCGCUUUGUGAACAUGUACCCAAAUUGGACUCUGAAAUCCAGGGUCAGGAGAACCCAACUUAGGCCCACACCAGAAAGCGAGUAGAAGCUGCCUUGAGCUUGCAACAGGGGCCUUCCCUUAAUGCCCAGUCCUUCCUUCUAGAGGCCCACCUGAGGAUACUUUUCUCACUGGGCAAGAAAUACAGUCAUGUGCAUUCCCCCCCCCAGACACUAUUCUGUAUAUUGUACUUAAUCUGUCUGCAUAGACAGUGAAACAAUUUGCUCAUCAGCUUAUGGGAAAUGUCAUAACCCAGAACCGAGCCACAGUUGUGUUAGUGACGAAACCACCACCAAACCAGUACUUUGUGCCUGCAUGCUGUUUUGUGUCACUUCAUCUGAUUUGCAUUGUUUUAUCAUUUCACAUACACCACCUUUGAGUGUUCUUAGCAGAAAAGUGGUUAAUGAGUUUUAUACUGAAAUAUACUUAGCCGCAUGUGCCUAAGACCAUUCUUGCAAGAAUGCCAGCGAUACCUGCUUCUUCAGUCCUAGCGAGACCUGAAGUUUUACCACUUUGGGGGUCGUCAAUGAAUGCCGCUUAAAAUCCUGGCUCUGUCACAAGAGCUACAGUUCACAGUAGUGAAACCUUUAAAUCUUUCCCAGUGACAGAAGGCCCACUCACUCCACUCUGACAAGGAAAGGGACGCCCCCACAAGCAUGACUGGAUGCUGAUUGUGCAGCGUUGGGCCAAAUAGCUUGCCAAGAGAUGAGACUUGGCUGGGAUUACACCCAGGGUCAGCCUGUUGGCACAGAUGGAGUUUCUGCCAGUGACUGUUCUGCAGUGUAAUCCUGCACUGUCAAUCUUAACACGAAAACAUCUCUCCUGCCAUCGGUUCAUUUAGGCCAAGUCAGUAACUCACUCUUACACAAUCAUCCUAAUUUGCAAUCAAAUAAUAACUGGAAAAUAGAGCAUGUUUUGCCCAACAAACCCAGUGAUAGAUGAAGCAGCAUUUAUUGUGUUUAUUGGACACUGGCAGUGUUAAGUUUACCCUCUCCUUCGUCCCUGUCACUUCCAGCCACUGCUUGUCUUAUCUUGGGGGUGGCCUCAUACAUAGUUUUUACCUAUGCAAAGAUAAUCUCUGUGGAGUCCAUGUGCAGGGAGAAAGUUUAGUUUACCACAAGCACAUAAAUCAGAAAGCCAGUCUGUGUGUGACGACUGCUUGGCUUGUGCUUGUGUUGCUUCUUACAUCAUGAUAUGCAUGCUUCUCCCUACACUCAGAUUAUCUCCAUGUAGGAAAAACAUUGUGCAGGGUAGGUCUAAGGUUCUUUGAGCUUUAACCAGUAUUUACCCUGAUCUUUUUAAAAAUAUACAUAUUUAUAUCACUGGUCCAAAUUCCCUUGGUUGUGUUGUUGUUUUUUAAGUGACAUACACAGACCACAUUUUUGUAGACUUGCUGCCCACAAAAAUUUUGUCAUACUCAUCACAGAACAAUUUGCACAGAUCAGAUAGGAUUUGCUCACAGCUGACGAGGUUAUUUUAUUGUUGUUGUUAGACCAUAUUGAAUUUGUGCCGCUUCACGUAGCCUUUCCUUGACCGACAUGUUCACAAUUUUGGAACACCAUCUCUUGCCACUGCUUGCAAGUUGAGGUCAUGUGUACAUUCCACUAAGGGAUUUAGGAAUAGCCCCUCCUCCCUUCCAAAAGGUUAUUCCCGCAUUACCAGACAUUGUACAUUCUCUGUACAUGUGUGUGUGUGUAUAUAUUUAUAUAUAUAUAUAUACUCUUGGGUUCUGUGUAUACAUAUUAUUCCAUUUGCGUGUGCAUGUAUAAGAAAUACAUGCACACACAUUUUCUUUGUGCCUGAAUCAGUGGCCUGGCACAUAUCCAUGUGUGCACUUGCACGCACAAGCCAGAUCUCGGUAAAACCCAACUCACUACAGUUCAACCAAAUGCAGACGAGCAUCGUCCCCAUUGACUGUUAGCUCUACGUAAGGUGAGCACCGAGCACUGUGUGUUAGCUUCAAAGGAAAGCCAUCCUUCAUACACAACUGUCUGCAUAAUUUGUGUCGGUUUUAGUGACAUAUAGAUCUCUAUUGUGCUACCUGGCUAUGAUUUUUUUUUAUUAAUUGUGCAAUCAAGAAAAAAGGAAGUUAUGUUAAACUAUUAAAGUUUGAAGUGUUACCAACUUUGUAAUUUGUACAAACACAUAAAAACAAAAAACAAAAAAAGAGAUUAAAAGGACAAUUUUAUUGUUUGAAAUGUACAAGGGGGAGGGUGGGAAAAGAAAUCUAUCUUUUGUACAACCAAAUUGUGCAUAGUUGUUUCAAAGCAAGUUGUAUGAUAGAAUGGACUGUAUAUAGAAACUGCUAAGUUGUAAAUAUUUAUGCAGCUUGCUCUAAAAGGUUGGGGUUUUUUUCUUCUACUGAAAGUGAAGUUUUUGUUCACUGUUGUUAUUUUGGUUUUCCGCUCUACAUGCCCACUAAGCAAGCACUGUGGGUUUGCAGUGUCAGAGCACUGCCUUACUGUUUAAAUAAAAAAAGAGAGGGGAGAAGCUUAUUGCCAGCAAAAUGGA